AUGAUGUAUCUUUUGGACUUAAAGGUUUAUCCAAUUUUGCAGAAUUAAUUUAAUCAAAUAAUAUUCUAUAAGGUUGGCUUAAGUAUAGAUGGAGGAGGUAUUAGAGGAAUAAUACCUGCCUAAAUUAUUACUUAUAUUUGCAAAAAUUUAAAACGAGAAGUUCAUGAAAUUUUCGAUGUCGUAGGAGGCACUUCAAUAGGAGGUAUUUUAGCUUUAGGAGUAACAGGCACACUUGAUGGAAAAAAUCCAGUUUCCAGAGGAGUAGAUUUAGUAUAGUUUUUUGAAGACCAUGGCAAUUAGAUAUUCAAUAAAUCUAAAAUAGUUGCGAUUUGGAAUAAUUUGAGAGAUAAAAGUAAAUAUGAUCCAGUUGGAAUAGAAUCGAUUUUAAAAAAAAAUUUCUAAAAUUGUAAAUUAUCUGAUAUUGUUAAAGGUACAAAUGUUAUAUGUACAGCUGUUAAAAGAGAGAAUAUUUAAGGUAAAAAUAUGGCUAAAAUUUUUAGAUCAAAAGAAGCUGUUUUUAAUCCUAAUAAAAAUUUCUUCAUGAAAGAUGUUGCUAGAGCUACUUCUGCAGCUCCAACUUAUUUUCCUUCGGCAGAAAUCAAAAAUAUUAAUGGAACUAAAAAAUAUUCAUUAAUAGAUGGUGCUUUGGGAUAAAAUAAUCCCUCAAAAUUAGUUCUAGACGAUAUUAAAACAGAAGCUAUGAAUAGUGGAGAUGAGAAGAAAUUCUUUUUACUUUCUUUGGGUACUGGCUAACCUAUUGCUGGUAGCUAAAUAUCAUAAAAUGCAGGUCUUUUUAAUUUAGUUCCUAUUAUGUAAAGCUUAGGUAAUGGAGCUCUUGCAUAUUUAGAUAAAGAUGUUGAAAAAAGCGCAGAAGGAUAAUAUUUGAGAAUUGAUCCAGAAAUUCCUUUAAAAUAAAGUGAAGCAGAUCUGGAUAAUAAUGAUACAAGAAUAAUCGAAAUUUAUAAAUAAUACUCAUUAAAUGAAGCAGUUUUAAAACUUUCUCAUUAACAUAUUUAUGGACCUUUUUAUGAUUAAAAUUUAAUUGAAUGGCUUGCUGAAAAUACAGCAAGAAAAAAGAUACUUAUGUUUGAUUUUUUGAAUUAUUUAUUUUGAAAAUUAAAAAUAAUAAUCAUAUGACUCUAUGUAUUAAAUUUUUAAAAUAACAUAUAUAAUAAUUUUAUAAAAUAUUAUGUUUUAAUUAUGACUUUAAAAAUGUAUAAAUCAAAUAUUUAUAUUUUGUAUAAAUAAAUAUUAUAUAACUUUUUAUAAAAAAUUUUCUAAAAAAUU